ACCGUGAUACAGAAAGAAAAUGAAAUAAAAUAUGAGUAUUAUUUCUACAGAAUAAUGCAGCGGAGACUGUGUGAAGAGGAGGUUCAUCUCGUACGAUGCUUCAAAAUAAAAUUCCAACUUCCUGAGAGAAGCAGGCAGCCAUUAUUACUAUGGCUUAUGUUGAUGAAAAUAUAAAAUAUAUAAACUUUUUAAAUCGUAGUGGUGAAAUGUUGAUAAAUAAUCCGGGCGGAUCUUCUAAACUGAACCGGUCAUCAUUUUACGCAGAGAAAUAUAUAACAAUAUUUAUGAUGGCAGCCAUCAUCAUUUCGCUUCACAUCUUGCUCAUCUCUCAAUAUUUCGUGUCAUCCACUGCUAUGUCAAGAUAACACUAAACAGUUAUAUGUCAUACCUCCCCCCACUCAUAUUAUCCACUAUUCUAAUGUAAAUGUUCUGUUAUAGACGUAAAGAAAAAAAAAUGAAUAAUAAUAAAAUUUAACUGGUUAGCUGCUACACUUAGAAACAGAUUGAACGUUGUCUAAUUACCCAGAUUAUAUUAAACGAUGUAUUGAUUUUCUAAACCGUAUAGCUCUAAUUUUCCUUUGAUAUAAACUGAGAUUAUGUAUAACCAUUUAGUCUGUUAUCGUUAUAAACAUCGGUGUGGUUUUAAUUAAUAUAAAAAAUUAUUGGAUCUCGGUAGCAAUUAGGAUGAUGUAAGAUAUUCAUGUUGAAUUAAAGCGAUACUUCAUUGUAAGGUUAACGUAAAGCUAUCAACUGGGCAGGAUAAAAGAAUUCUAUGUUCUCUAACAUCAUCUCGACAUUAAAGGAAACAAUAAAGAUUCUCUUCAUUUCGCGGGAAAAACUAAUGACGACACCGGGAAUACUCCGGACGGCGUUGUCGCCUAACAACACCAUGCUCAGUCAUGGUUAUUUCUAAUAUAUAAAAUAUAUUGUAUUUUACAUAUACUGUCUAUAUACGAUUCGAACUGCGAUGUUCUUUUGACAAAGUGGGUGUGUGCUACGCAGUGUAGUGAUAAUCACAGACUCGGGAAAAUCGACGCUUCGUGCCUGGAAUCGAUUAAUGUCACCUCAUUACAACAUCAGAUGACAUCAGAUUUAAAGAAUUUUUAACCUUAGGUACACUGUCAUUAGUUAUCAUAUUUUGAAGACUAAUGGAAGAAACUACAUGCAGCUGAUAAAAGGUCUGUUUAUAAUAACUGUUAAGAUUACAGUAAAAUAUUUCCUCUGAAAUGAGACUAAAAGCAUAAUUUCUCUAAUUCACUGCUGGGAAUCUGUACAAGAUGAUUUUACAUUCCAAUUAAACUUGGACAUAUUUACAAAGGUGUUUGAGGCAUUUUCAGAUACUGAUGAAGAUCAUAUUGAUGGAAGUAUGGCUGAAGAAAUAUUUGUUUGGAAUAAACUAUAACACAAAUAAAAGACUGUAGCCAUAUGAUAUGGUUAAAGAAAAAAAACCAUUGGGAAAAUAAACUGUGUGAGAAAUUUAAAAGGUUAACUUUUUUCAUCUGAAGAGAUAGGACAUUCAUUAUAGUACUGUGAUAUUUCUGAAAUGUCUCUAAAAAGAAACCUAACUACUGGAGAGAAGCCAUAUCACCGUGAUAUCUGUGGUAAAUCAUUUUUGAAUGGAAGUCACUUAAUUAGACACAAACACAUUGAUACAAGUGAGAAACCAUAUCGUUGUGAUAUUUGCAAUAAAUCAUUUUCUAAUGACAAGCAUAUAGCUAGACACAAAUGCAUUCAUACUGGAGAGAAGCCACAUCAAUGUGAUAUCUGUGGUAAAUCAUUCUCACAGAGUGGUGACUUGAUUAUUCACAAACGCAGUCAUACAGGAGAGAAACCAUAUCACUGCAAUAUCUGUGGUAAAUCAUUCUGCCAUGGAAAAGCCUUAAAUAUUCACAAACACAUUCAUACUGGAGAGAAACUAUAUCAUUGUGACAUGAGCCUGAAUAUUCAGAUUAAUGUAACUAAACUGAAUCUACGAGGGACGUUCAAUAAGUAA